ACUAAUUUGGUACAAGUUUUGCAAGGAAAAAUGGCUACUCAAGGAACCCAUAUGCCAAACUUUAACUCUGAUGCUCUUAAACCAUACAACUUGUCAUCUUCCUUGCCCAAUAUGCUGAACACUGAAGAAUUCUCUGUGAGUAAAUCAAUGGCUGGAUUGAACAAUGGGAGCGUUUGUGUGGAUGGAAGAAGUACAAAGAUAUCAAAAAGAAGGUCCAGAGCGUCUAAGAAAGUUCCUACAACUGUCUUCAGAACAGAUGCCUCUAAUUUUAGGGCUAUGGUGGAGCACUUUACUGGAUUGCCUAUUACUAGUUUUGAUAGCCACGCCAAUAAUUUUAUUCUUCCCAGACCUCUUCCUCGACGAGCAGUGGGAAAUGAACAGAUUACGCCCACCUUUGGUAUUCUUGAUACUUCUACUUUGUCUUCUGUGUUUAAUAGUAAUCAAGUCCCCGGUUUUGUGGAUCUACAGUCCCAUAUGAGAGGGAGCUAUUAUUUUAGACCUCCUUGUGAGGGUGCUGCUGCUGCUGCUUCUCAAGGUCAUCUCAUGGCCGAUAUGAACCUCCCAAAUCCUGGGUGGCAUGAAUUACAUGCUCCGGCAUUUUCAGCUUCAUUUUGAUUUGGGAUGUGGUUUUACUAACUGUCAUGGGAAUUUUGCAUGUCUAUAGAGAUCCGUUUUGUCAUGUUUUUUUUAACAGUUAUGUCUUCCAGAUUAGUAUAAUCCUUUGAGUGUUUGUUACAUGAUUGGGAUUUCCUUUCAUUUUGGUUUCAAGACAAGGAAGCAGAUCCCUCAACUGGGUCUUCUUUGGUUUGGUUUAAUUAAAUAUAUGUAUAUAUUAGGGUUUGGUUUAUGAUAUCUUUGAAGAUGGUAAAUUUUUUGGUGUUUUCUGAAUUAGGUUGUGUAUAUUUUUUGCAUCAAUGUUUUGGAUCAUACUUUAUGAUCCAUCAUGAGGAUGUUAGAGAGCUCAAAGAGAGCAUACACAAUCGAAUCCAUAAGAAACAUUAUGGAUUGUGAAAAGCUGAUAU